AGGCAUCUGAAACAGAGCGAUACAUGCUCUGGAUGGGUCCCCUGGCAUCAUUUACAAACCCCAGACUGUAUUCUCUUGCUGCUCUUGCUUAGCUGGAUUCUCCACACUGCUCAGCCAUGAGGAUUGAACUACCAUGAGACGGAAGAAGUUGGUGGAUCCAGAUGAAAAAUGGAAGCUGGACAAAGGGGACGUAAGCACGCUUAGCCUGCCUUCCAACGCCAGCCAUGGCGACGCCGACGUCAGCAACAUCUGUUUGGAUGUCCCAGAUGGCGCCCCAGACCCGCACAGGACGAAAGCUGCCAUCGACCACCUGCACCAGAAAAUCCUCAAGAUCACCGAGCAGAUCAAGAUUGAGCAGGAGGCUCGGGACGACAACGUAGCCGAGUACCUGAAGCUGGCCAACAACGCUGACAAGCAGCAGGCCUCCCGCAUCAAGCAAGUCUUUGAGAAGAAGAACCAGAAGUCGGCCCAGACCAUCGCCCAGCUCCAUAAGAAGCUUGAGCACUACCACAAGAAGCUAAAGGAGAUUGAACAGAACGGGCUCUCCCGUCAGCCCAAGGAUGUCUUCCGGGACAUGCACCAGGGCCUCAAGGAUGUGGGGGCCAACGUCCGGUCCAGCAUCAGCGGCUUCGGAGGCGGGGUAGUGGAAGGCGUCAAGGGAAGCCUGUCGGGUUUGUCCCAGGCCACCCACACGGCUGUGGUCUCCAAGCCCCGGGAGUUCGCCAGCCUGAUCCGGAACAAGUUUGGCAGCGCCGACAACAUCGCCCACCUGAAGGACACUCUGGAUGACGGGCACCCCGAGGAGGCCUCGAGGACUCUGAGCGGCAGCGCCACCCUGGUGUCCAGCCCCAAGUACGGCAGCGACGACGAGUGCUCCAGCGCCACCUCAGGAUCUGCGGCGGGCAGCAACUCAGGGGCAGGGCCCGUCGGCUUGGGGAGCCCCAAGUCCAAUACCCUGGACAGUCACCACAAUAACUUUGACACCAUCCUGGAGGAGCUCCGGGAGAUUAAGGACAGUCAGUCGCACCUGGAGGACUCGAUGGAGGAUCUCAAGGCGCAGCUGCAGAGGGACUAUACCUACAUGACGCAGUGCUUGCAAGAGGAGCGGUACAGAUACGAACGCCUGGAAGAGCAGCUGAAUGACCUGACGGAGCUCCACCAGAAUGAAAUGACCAACCUAAAGCAAGAGCUAGCCAGCAUGGAGGAGAAGGUGGCCUAUCAGUCCUAUGAGAGGGCCAGGGACAUCCAGGAAGCGGUAGAGUCGUGCCUCACCCGCGUCACCAAGCUGGAGCUCCAGCAGCAGCAGCAGCAGGUGGUGCAGCUGGAAGGGGUGGAGAACGCCAAUGCCCGGGCCCUGCUGGGCAAAUUCAUCAACGUCAUCCUGGCCCUCAUGGCGGUGCUGCUCGUCUUCGUCUCCACCAUCGCCAACUUCAUCACGCCCCUCAUGAAGACCCGCAUGCGCAUCCUCAGCACCGCCCUGCUGUUCCUCUUCCUCCUCUUCCUCUGGAAGCACUGGGACUCCAUCACUUAUUUCCUGGAGCAUGUGUUGCUCCCCAGCUGA